GCAGAAGAAGUAGAAGAAUAAAAAUCUAUCUUCUUCCCAUAAAAAAGAUAAAGGAAGGAGAUAGGAAAGGGUUGAAUAUAAUUUCAACAUAUAUAUUCAUUAAAAAAAAUAUAAAAAAAAAACUGUUGGUCUAAGGAAAAAAACACAAAAAAUAAAUAAAUAAUGGCUCGUGGGGCUAUUUUAGGUUUGAUGGUUUGCCUCAUGGCAACAGCUGUGAUGGGUGAAGACCCUUAUGUCUACUACACAUGGAACGUUACAUAUGGUACCAUUGCUCCUUUGGGUACUCCUCAACAGGGAAUUCUGAUAAACGGUCAAUUCCCCGGACCAGAGAUUAACGGAACAAGCAACAACAACAUUGUUGUUAAUGUUUUCAACAACCUCGACGAGCCACUUCUGUUCACAUGGAGUGGUAUUCAACAAAGGAAAAACUCAUGGCAAGAUGGUACAUUGGGAACCCAAUGUCCCAUUGCACCAGGAAGCAACUACACGUACAAAUUCCAAGUUAAGGAUCAAAUUGGUAGUUACUUUUACUACCCAACCACAGGUCUCCAAAGAGCAGCCGGUGGUAUCGGUGGUAUUAGAGUCUACAGCCGUUUGUUGAUUCCCGUUCCAUAUGCUGAUCCCGCUGAUGAAUAUUGGGUCCUCAUUGGUGAUUGGUUCGGUAAAAGCCACACCACAUUGAAGAAAUUCCUUGACAGUGGUAGAUCCAUGGGUAGACCUGAUGGGGUCCACAUAAUGGGUAAAUCUAACAGUGUUGAACCACUCUACACCAUGGAGUCAGGUAAGACAUACAAAUACAGAAUCUGUAACGUUGGUCUUAAGGACACACUUAACUUCAGGAUCCAAGGUCACUCAAUGAAAUUAGUUGAAAUGGAAGGGUCCCACACCGUUCAAAACAUGUAUGAUUCCCUUGAUGUCCACGUCGGACAAUGCUACUCUGUUCUCGUAACUGCUGAUAAGGAACCCAAGGAUUAUUACUUGGUUGCUUCCACACGUUUCACCAAAAAUGUUUUAACUACCACAGCUGUUAUCCGUUACUCUAACGGUGUGGGCCCUGCUUCCCCUAUCAUCCCACCUGCACCUGUGGGCUGGGCUUGGUCUUUGAACCAACUUCGUUCAUUCCGUUGGAACUUGACCGCUAGUGCUGCUAGGCCCAACCCACAAGGUUCUUACCAUUACGGUCAGAUCAACAUUACCCGUACCAUCAAGCUUGUUAACACUGCUUCCAGGGUUAAUGGAAAACUUCGUUAUGCUAUUAACGGUGUUUCUCAUGUUGACUCUGAAACCCCACUCAAGCUCGCUGAAUACUACGGUGUUGCUGACAAGGUUUUCAAAUACGACAUCAUCUCUGAUGAUCCCCCUACUGUCAUCACUGACAUCACCUUGGCUCCUAAUGUCAUCAACGCCACUUUCCGUACCUUCAUUGAAAUCAUCCUCGAGAACCCCACUAAGACCAUUCAAUCUUACAACCUAGAUGGUUACUCUUUCUUCGCCGUCGCUGUUGAGCCAGGUAAAUGGACACCAGAGAAGAGAAAGAACUACAACCUUUUGGAUGGAGUGAGCAGACACACAAUCCAAGUGUUCCCCAAGUCAUGGGCCGCAAUCAUGUUGACUUUUGACAAUGCUGGUAUGUGGAACUUGAGGUCAGAAAACACUGAGAACAAGUACCUUGGCCAACAGUUAUAUAUUAGUGUCUUGUCUCCUGAAUUCUCCAACAGGGAUGAGUACAACCUUCCAGAUACUCAGCUUGUUUGUGGCAUUGUCAAGGACUUGCCAAGGCCUGCAAUUAAGUACACUUAAGAGCCUUACAAUUUUAUUUUCAUCUUCUUGCAUACUAGCUGAUGUAUCAACCAACCCUUUCCUAUGUAGUAUGUACAACCAUGUACCUACAAUAUGUACACACAAAAAGUUAUAAAUGUAAAAUUUUAUCUCCUUCCUAUUCA